CCCGCUGCAGCUCGGCCAUCUUUAAACGGCGGUGUUUGUUUCCGCUGAGCGGCGGUUCUGAUCCAGCGCCUGCUUUACUCAGGAUUCUACCCGCUCCGGGUUAACCCCGCGCGGCGGCUCUGCGGGGCUGUACCGGAGCUUUAGUGGAGCUGUACCGGCCGAUUCUGGUGGCGGUUCGGUUCUUUUCUUACUGACAGUAAAAAAUAAACACGGAGAAAAACAGCAGCGCUUAGCUUAGCGGCUAACGCUAACCAGGCUAACAUCCGGGUCCCCGUGCGGCGCUGCACUCGGUACCGCGGGCCAGACCCGCUCCCGGUACCACAGCCCGGUACCAGAGCCCGGUCCCCGCUCGGGCCCGGCCGGAGAUGAGCGGAAGAUGUCGGUGUCGGGACUGAAGGCCGAGCUCAAAUUCCUGGAGUCCAUUUUCGACCCGAACCACGAGCGGUUCCGGAUCAUCGACUGGAAGCCCGACGAGCUGAGCUGCCAGUUUAACGUGACUGGAGAGCAGUUGCUGAUCAUCCACUGCAACAUCACGGAAUCUUAUCCUUUAACAUCUCCGAUAUGGUUUGUGGACUCCGAUGACCCGAGUUUGACUCAGAUACUGGAGCGUCUGGAGGAUGUAAGGAAAGGCAGCACUCUGCUCCUGCAGCAGCUGAAGAGGCUGAUCUGUGAUCUGUGUCGGCUGUAUAAUCUGCCUCAGCAUCCGGACGUGGAGAUGCUUGACCAGCCGCUUCCCGCCGGCCCCGUCAGUCAGGAACGGAAGCACGGAACCACAGACGAAGUGACCUCAGAGGAGGACGAGGAGGAGGAGAUGGGAGAGCAGGACAUCGAGGACUUGGAUCAUUAUGAGAUGAAAGAGGAGGAGCCGGUGGAGGGGAAGAAGUCAGAGGAUGAUGGGAUCGAGAAGGAGAACCUGGCGAUCCUCGAGAAGAUCCGUAAGAACCAGAGGCAGGACCACUUGAACGUAAGUGCUCAUUCGGGUGCGGUGUCCGGAUCAGUUCAGGCUUCAGAUCGUCUGAUGAAGGAGCUGCGGGAGAUCUACCGAUCUCAGAGUUAUAAAUCAGGAAUCUAUUCGGUGGAACUGGUGAACGACAGUCUGUACGAGUGGCACGUCAAGUUAAGAACGGUGGAUCCGGACAGUCCGCUGCACAGUGAUCUGCAGGUGCUGAAGGAGAAGGAAGGGAUGGACUACAUCCUCCUCAACUUCUCCUAUAAAGAUAAUUUUCCAUUUGAUCCUCCGUUUGUACGAGUGGUUUCUCCUGUGCUGUCGGGAGGUUACGUUCUCGGAGGAGGAGCCCUGUGUAUGGAGCUACUCACUAAACAGGGCUGGAGCAGUGCCUAUUCCAUUGAGUCUGUGAUUAUGCAGAUUAACGCCACGUUAGUGAAAGGAAAAGCCAGAGUGCAGUUUGGAGCCAAUAAGAACCAGUACAAUCUUGCCAGAGCACAGCAGUCGUAUAAAUCACUGGUGCAGAUCCAUGAAAAGAACGGCUGGUACACACCACCCAAAGAAGAUGGAUAGAGGAGUUUCUCUUCUGUCGUUCUGGAACUUCUCCUCCUCUUCCCGUUUUAUUUUCCUCCCCUCGUCGUUUUCCUGCUAAUUGGAGAAUCUGUUUCUGUUCUGUUGGAGAGAUAAGAGAUAACGGGUAAACAUCCUCCUCCUUUAUUUACCAUCGUCACCAUCCUCCGCUCUGCUCCACCUCUCCUCCCGCCUCUCCUUACAUCACUUCCUGUUCGCACUUCCUGUUCGAUUUUUAACAGAGAGGAAGAAUACGAAUUUACAGCAAAUCUCUGUAACUUCUCGCUCUUCAUGAAUGGAGGAACGGAUGGAUGAAUAGAUGAAGAGAUGGAUGGAUGAAGAGAUGGAUGGAUGGCUGUCAAUCUGUCCGUUCGUUGUUCUGAACAGAGUGAUCUGAUAUGCCAAGAUUUUUAUGGAGAACCGGCUGAUGGGUUCCGACCUCAGCGUUUACCCAGAACCCCCUGCUGUUCGCUGGGUCCAAACCCUGAACCACAGAAUCAAAAUCAGAGAGGAAAGGAGUGAAGGAGUCUGUCGGGAGGGAAAAAGUCAUUUAUUGCUGUCAUUUUUUGUUCUUUAUCUUCAGUGAUGCAAAGUUUUGUUGCCAUGAGCACUCCUCCUCCUCUUCCUCCUCCUCCUCUUCCUCCUCCUCCUCUUCCUCCUCCUCCUCUUCGUCCUCUUCCUCCUCCUCCUCUUCGUCCUCCUCCUCUUCCUCCUCCUCCUCUUCGUCCUCCUCUUCCUCCUCCUCUUCGUCCUCCUCUUCCUCCUCCUCCUUUUCUUUUGUUUCUUUCUGUUUGGAGGUUUUUUUUUCUGUAACAUUGAGGAACUGAGAGCAGGUGAACUCCAUCACUAAAGUCAUGAACCUGAACUCCUGUAAGUAAACCUGUAAAGUUGGGCUGCAGAGACUGAACUUCUGAACUCGAGAGAACCGAGCUCGGCUGCACCGCCCAGAACCUCCUGACUUCAGAAGACGUUUCUCACAGUUAGAAUAAGAGAACUGAAUCCUCUCUGUGAUGAAAGUGGAAUAUCUUAAAGCUGUUUUUAUGUAAAGCGUUAUGACUACUGCUUUCUGUUUCUGUUCUUCAGUGAGAAUAGAAGAUCUGAACUGCGACAUGAGCAUUCCUCUUCCCCCGGCGUGAGAGAGAUUAUCAUUAUUAUUAUUAUUAUUAUACAGCACUGAUCAAUAAAACCGUUAAACCUGUAACUCCGACUCAGAGAGAGAGAGAUAAUUAUUAUUAAAAACCCCCUAAAUACAGAUUUACACUCCCCAUUACACUCGGCUGAGUAAAACUGUACAAUUACCUUUAAUGCCUUAAAAUCCCUAAACCCCCCCCCCCCUCCUCACUGUUACAAUUACAUCUAACCACACCCCCACCCACAGAGCCACACCCCCACACACUAACCUGCACACACAGCCCUGUUAAACGCCUUGUUUACCAAAUUUCCUAAAUCCUAUUAAAUCAGAAAUUUGUUUAAGAGUGUCUGAGUGGGCGUGGUCUGAUCUCUAAACAUACAGCAGAGGGAGGAGCAUCUUCACUCUGAAUUGAUUUGAAUAUUCUGAUGCCAGUCUGCUGGCCCCGCCGGCUCCUGUUGUCCUGAAUUUUGGAGCUGUGGAGGGGGCGUGGUUGGAAAUGUGGAGGGGGCGUGGUUGAGCUGUGGUACAUUUUGGAUGGAUUUGUUUUGGCUCCUCCGUCUGUUUUGUAAUCGAGGGAAAUUUUAAUUGGCAGAUAAUUAAACAGAUAUUUAUAUAAUCAGUAAUUUUAUUAAAUAUAUAAAAAUGUUUGAAUUCACAGCUCUGUAUUUGUAGGUGAUUCUCCAAUAUUAAGAUAAGAAAUAACAGAGAGAAUAAAAUAAAGGAGAGCAGUACUGACUCCGCAGUAUUCAGCUUUUUACUGUUCAGUAAAGUUCUGAUCGCUGUUCAGACUGACUGAUUGAUUAUCAGAAGUUUUAUAGAAACUCUUCACUCCGCGGUUCUGAUCAGUUCGGGUCGGUUAGUCGGGUUUGGGGGGGGGGGGGGUGUACUGUUCGCAUGUGCUGGGUUUUAUUUUUAUUUCUUUUUCCCUGUUGUAAGUGUAAUUUUGUGUACAGUACAAAUUUGUAAACUUGCAUCAAGUUUAUGAAUAAAGAAUUUUAAGAAGUU